UAAAACUAAUAAACACACACGCACUGUGAACCUGCUAUGAAUAUAUCAUGGCUUGGCAUAUUCUUCACGGACUCCUAGAGCAAGUUCGUCUGCAAUCUACCUUCCCUGGAAAACUCUGGAUUAUAACGAUGUUUAUAUUCAGGAUUGUUGUUGUGGCAAGGAUCGGUGAUAAUGUCUACCAUGAUGAGCAGUCAAGUUUCGUUUGCAACACUUUGACACCGGGAUGCGAGAAUGUAUGUUUCAAUCGUUUCAGUCCGAUAUCGCAACUCAGAUACUGGUCGUUAAUGGUUCUCGUUGUCUCCACUCCCUCAAUUUUGUUCUUUCUCUACGCGAUGCACAAAAUAUAUCACGCUGGUAUAAAAUACCCAGCAGGAGAGAAGACACAUACCAAUAUGACGUCAUCACUGACGUCACAGCAACCUCAUACAAACUCAGAAAAUUCAUAUUUGCAUCCACCAAGUUACAAACGACGACGAGAAAAUGACUUAAACGUUGCAAAUGGCCAUGUUCACGCCCCACUUUAUGAAGUCACAAAGAUACCUGAUUCUGGCGGGCGAUUUCAAAAUUCAAAACUUGGGAAAUUUCUAAGGAAACGAAGACGUCAUAAUGCAUAUACUGAAAACAAUGUUGACGUCAUAAGUCCGGUAAAAUGCUCUGUGUCCGAUAACAAUGAGAUUUUUAUGGAACAAGAUAUGAAUGUCAAUUACAGGCAAAACAGAUAUCCAAUAUACGUUGACGCCCAUGGUCGUCGAGUUGAAUUCAUCAAACAGACUCGAAGAACAACACAAGAGCAGGCGGCGAUGGAUGAACGUAAAUUUAAAGCAGAAAUGUUGCAACAUACGGAGUUAUCAAGAGCUUAUUGGUGGCAUGUGUUUGUAAGGACACUUUGCGAGGUCGGUUUCAUCCUCGGUCAAUACUACCUCUAUGGAAUAUCAGUUCCAGAAUUAUUCGAAUGUCCAUUCUGGCCUUGUCCAAAAACAGUGGAUUGUUUUGUAUCAAGACCUCAAGAGAAAACCUGUUUGUUAUGGCUGAUGUAUGGCUUAGGUGGAAUUGCAUGUCUAUUUAGUCUAGCAGAAUUUUGGACCCUCGGGCUUGACCGGGCAAAGACAGCGUUUCUGUGCUGCUCAGAUAGGGAGACGAGAGAGGAACGUAAACGUAGACUCGCUAUGUUGGAUAUACAAUCGAAACCGUCACACCCAAGGCGGAAUUUAAGAGCAGUCGUCAGUAUGGAUAGCAUCAGCAGCGACACUACUGUGGAAAGUGUUUGAUGACGUCAUUGACGAAUGACAUCUUGGUUGGAUGACGUCAUUCCAAAUAAAAAUAAUCAAAACGAAGUAACACUGAUCACCAACUUAGUCGUAUUCUAUACGCAAGCGGGCGGCAAUCCUAAUAUUUUUACAUCCAAGUCCAUGCAUCUGAAACCAAUACCUUGCUAACUAAUUCCAUACCCGGAAAUCGACUAGUAACCGGACGAGAGGCCGUGGUUGGCUAUACGAUUGAGUCGUCUUCUCGGCUUUCCUCUCCUCAGGAUAAAAAUGAAAUCCGAUAGUUGAAGUCCACACUACACACCGUGGGUUGUUUCUGCAAUUUACUAACCAUGUGCGGCGAUAGCAAUUGUUUUGCAAUAUGUUGAAUGUCGCCGCGGCAGAGGGGUGAUUAAGGCAAGUGUUGGCAAGACCAGUGGCAUUUAUUCAGAGGGUUUGCUCAAACUGGUUCGUAUCAUGACAGCGAACCUUCUCUUUUUUAAGUUUCAGUUCGGAAUGAUUCUCAGAAAAGAGGGGAUGUGAUAACUACCUGUCUGCCAAAUACAAAUACACCUUUUUCGCCACACGGAGUUUUCGCACCACAAAGUUCGAGUUACAUUGGGUUUACUUUGGAGUUGUUUAAAUAAUAUAUUGAUAAUACAUGUGGG